UUUAGAUGGUUCGUCUUUCAAUUGUAGCCUCGAUAAUAAAAAUGAACACAUGAUAAACCAACAUUCGCCAUGAAUCAUAAGAAGACAUUCGACGUACAAAUACCACAGAUUACAGUCAGAACUUUCCAGCCUGUCAUUCAACCUUGUUUAGCAAGUUUAACAAAGGAGCAGUGGGUUCUCUUACAGACAGGAAAAGUUGAUUUUAGCACCAGGACCUUAUUUGCUGUGCUAGUUCAAGAUGUGAUAUCAGCGGUAUCGAGAAUUUUCUCAAAGUCUUUGAAACAAGAUGUGUUUGUGUGCGAGGAGCUCAUUGAGUUGGCGAUGGGUGACACUCUCUUCCACUGCUUUGCUAAUGUUCUUGGUGUUGAGAACAAAAUGCCAUGUCACUACUCCAAAAUGCUCACAAACUUGAUCGGUAAGCAGGUCGCAAACGUUCUUCGACAUUGUCCCAACAGUGAAAACCUUCAGUUGGCACCCAUCCUACCUUGCGCCACUGGUCCCUUUGACCUUUUCAAAAUGGUCGUCUCUGUCAACGAAGUAUUGCAAAGUUUAGUGGCCAAAAGAACAUUUUUGUGCAAUCCUCAACAAGGUGCAGCCACAGCUAACGGCACUGCAAGGCGCACAUGUGUCCAGAGGGUUAUUGGACAGGAAGUAUGCCAUCUCACCAAACCUCUCUUGAAAAACGUGCCUGACUCGGAGUACCAGCUAAUGCAGAGGGAAACUGUUGAGGAUACAAAAAAGGCCACAAAAGGCAUCGAUCCAUCCAAGACGGUACUAAUGGAUGUUCACAGAGUCAACAUUCAAAAGUGCUUCGUCAAAGGCCUGGCAAAAGCAUCCAUCCAUCGAACAUUGGUACAACUGAGAAAAGAAUACCCUACAGUCACUAAAGUGCAAAGCAGUGAAGAAAUUAAGUCGUUCUUGUCCAGACUUGACUCAUUAUUAGAGUACGGUGAAUCGUUAAAAUUCAGGAAAGAUCUCAGUAUUCUCAUCUACCACCACCUGACAUCUAGUCAUCCGGAAGAGGCAGCGUGCCUGCUACUGAAGCUCUUGUACAGCAACAUAUGGAACAGAUUGACCUAUUUCCAAACACUGAUCGCAUGGUGGGUAAAGACACAAGCUGACCUCCACUUUGUUGUAGUGAUGAGAAAUGUGGAGGAAGCGAAGGCAGACGACAAAGUGAAAGGACCCAUCAAGUUAAUAGUGGUCGGUGUUCUUCUGAUGCUUGUAAGAAACGUACCAAAACUGGAAUUUGAAAACAUCCGUCGUGAGUAUUACGAGCACCACGAGUCCAUCAUCUACCACCUGGUGGACACCGCGUGGCCUGAAAUCAAAGAGGCAGACGUCCCCACAAGUUUGUUGUUGAUCAUGAUGACAUUCAAGUCUCAGGCUUUCCCUGCGAUGGCAGCCCUUUCCAGCUGUUGGCCCCUGGAAUCAUCACAGUGAUAUCUACCUUGAAACGUCUGUAUUGUUGUAUGAAUAAUAACUUGUCU